AUGUUCCCCCCCGCAUUUGCCAGCCCGGUGCGCGUCGCUCGCACGCGACAGUCGCACGACGAGUACCUCUCUCAACGACAGCUGAGCGACCGUGAGCGAAAACUGACCGACAUCGUCGAUCGCGGCUCCCGGCCUCCGCUGCACCUGGUCGAAACGAAAGCCAGCUUCGACAAGGAGCACCGCGAGGAGGAGCUCCGCGAACAGGGAGGCGCCGCGUCGGACGGAUCGUCCGCCACUCCCAUCCAAUACUGGGGCGGUCCCGUGCUGAGCGGCAACACGCUGAAUGUGUACUUAAUCUACUACGGCUUCUGGCCAAAGCAAUCCGCGCAGACUGUGAUUGAGAAUUUCAUUCGGUCGCUGAGUGUAGGAGGCGCCGAUGCGCAAGGGGAAGCCGCGGAUCCGAAAGUGAGCAACUGGUGGGUGAUCAGCUCGAAAUACUACUCGCAGGCAUCUGAUGGGUCCGCGCCCACCGUCAGCACGGAGGUGAAGCUCGCGAAGGUCAUCUACGACAAAGGGUCGCAAGGGAAGAAAUUCAACGCCAACACUCCCUGGAAAGUUGUCAAGAGCAAGAUUGGCUCCGGAAAGCCGUUCCCGUACGACGCCAAUGGCAUCUACCUACUUCUCACGAGCACCAACAUUAAGACUUCGCCCAACGGGAAGCCGUGGCUGGACGCGAUGGUUUCGACGAUCGCUCACGAGAUCGCGGAAGCGGCGACGGAUCCCAAUGCCAGCAGCGGCUGGUUCGACGCCAACGGGGAGGAGAACGCUGAUAAGUGCAGCUACGAGUACGGAGAGACGCAAACGGCCCAGAACGUGUAUGGUGACGAUGCGGAGUACAACCUGGUGGGGCUCAACGGCAUGAAGUUCAUGGUGCAGCAGAACUGGGACGUGGCCACGGACUCAGAAGUGAGAAGACUGGUGGGGAGGACAUAUACAACAGGGGUGGAAACAUAUACAUCAUCCCAUCCCACCAUCUCUGCUCCUCUUCCCAUCCCACCAUCUCUGCUUCUCUUCCCAUCCCACCAUCUCUUCUCAUCAUCCCAUCCCACCAUCUCUGCUCCUCACCCCAUCCCACCAUCUCUGCUCAUCAUCCCAUCCCACCAUCUCUGCUCAUCAUCCCAUCCCACCAUCUCUGCUCAUCAUCCCAUCCCACCAUCUCUGCUCAUCAUCCCAUCCCACCAUCUCUGGUCCUCUUCCCAUCCCACCAUCUCUGCUUCUCUUCCCAUCCCACCAUCUCUUCUCAUCAUCCCAUCCCACCAUCUCUGCUCCUCACCCCAUCCCACCAUCUCUGCUCAUCAUCCCAUCCCACCAUCUCUGCUCAUCAUCCCAUCCCACCAUCUCUGCUCAUCAUCCCAUCCCACCAUCUCUGCUCAUCAUCCCAUCCCACCAUCUCUGGUCCUCAGCCCAUCCCACCAUCUCUGCUCAGCAUCCCAUCCCACCAUCUCUGCUCCUCAUCCCAUCCCACCAUCUCUGCUCAUCAUCCCAUCCCACCAUCUCUGGUCCUCAGCCCAUCCCACCAUCUCUGCUCAGCAUCCCAUCCCACCAUCUCUGCUCCUCAUCCCAUCUCUGCUCAUCUUCCCAUCCCACCAUCUCUGGUCCUCAGCCCAUCCCACCAUCUCUGCUCAGCAUCCCAUCCCACCAUCUCUGCUCCUCAUCCCAUCCCACCAUCUCUGCUCAUCAUCCCAUCCCACCAUCUCUGCUCCUCACCCCAUCCCACCAUCUCUGCUCCUCAGCCCAUCCCACCAUCUCUGCUCAGCAUCCCAUCCCACCAUCUCUGCUCAUCAUCCCAUCCCACCAUCUCUGCUCAUCAUCCCAUCCCACCAUCUCUGCUCAUCAUCCCAUCCCACCAUCUCUGCUCAUCAUCCCAUCCCACCAUCUCUGCUCCUCAUCCCAUCCCACCAUCUCUACUCCUCAUCACAUCCCACCAUCCCUGCUCCUCAUCCCAUCUUACCAUCUCUGCUCUCCAUCCCAUCCCGCCACCUCUGCUCCUCAACCAAUCCCAACAUCUCUGCUCCCCAUCCCAUCCCGCCAUCUCUGCUCCUCAACCCAUCCCACCAUCUCUGCUCAUCAUCCAAUCCCGCCAUCUCUGCUCCUCAACCCAUCAUAUCCUACCAUCCUUGCUCCUCAUCCCAUCCCACCAUCUCUGCUCCUCAACCCAACCCACCACCUCUGCUCCUCAUCCCAUCCCACCAUCACUGCUCCUCAUCCCAUCCCACCAUCUAUGGUGCAGCAGAACUGGGACAUAGCCACGGAGUCCACGGACUCGUGCGUUUCGCAGACGACCGAAUAGGGGAUGCGAUGAUGAAUUGUGAAGCUGUCGUGGGGUUGACGUGA